AUGGAAGGAGUAUCGCCGAUUCCGGGAAUUUCGGGACCCGAAACGACGAAACGAAAAGUGGCGCACAGCGAUGAGCACGGUUUUUCUGGUGAGAGCACCGGGCGCACGCCCACUUAUUUCUCAGCUGAAACCGCCCCGAUUUUGUCGACAUUCUAGACCAAGUGCGAGUGCCGAACGUGAUCGUGAUGGUCGGGUUGCCGGCGCGCGGAAAGACGUACAUUUCGAAAAAGUUGUGCCGCUACCUGAAGUGGACCGGCUUCAAGACUAAAGGUACUUUCGGAAUUUUCUAGAAUUUCGAGGGACAAAAUGGGUAAAUUGUAGUGUUCAACGUGGGCGAGUACCGUCGUGAAGAUGCGAAUGCGGCCGACGCGAUUCACGGCGCCAACGCGUCGUUUUUCUCGCCGGAUAACGCGGAUGCGCUGAAAGUUCGAGCGUAAGUCGUUUUCGGGUCUCGACGCGAAAAUAGUAAAUUCUUAGUGAAUCGGCGCGUCGUGCCAUGGAAGACAUGGCCGACUAUCUGAACGGCGGCACAGGCGGUGUGGCGAUCUUCGACGCCACCAACACGACCAAAGAGCGCCGUGGCAUCAUUAUCGAUUUUUGCAAAAAGAAGCGUCUCCGCUGCUUUUUCAUCGAAUCCGUCUGCGACGAUCCGGCUAUUAUUGAUAGCAAUGUGACGGAUGUCAAGGUAGAUUUCUCGAAAUUUCUGAUAGAUUCGAACUCGGUCGGUUUUAGGUGAACUCGCCGGAUUAUAAGGGACUGAUGACGGCCGAGCAGGCGAAAGACGAUUUUAUGCGUCGAAUCGAGAACUACGCGAAACAGUACGAACCGCUGGAGGAAUCGGAGGACGAGACGCUCAGUUUCAUCAAAGUCAUCAACGCGGGCCGCUCGUUCAAAGUGCAUCAAGUGCGCGGGCACGUUCAGAGCCGAGUCGUCUAUUUUCUCAUGAAUAUUCAUCUCCUGCCCAGGAGCAUUUAUUUGACCAGGGUUCGUUGGGUUGGAAGGGAAAACUGGAAGGAACCUAGUCUCGGGGAAGAAAUUAGGAUUUUCAAACCGAAAAAGUGAGCCGAGACUAGGUUCCUUCCAGUUUUUCCGUAUAAUUACGAAACAUCGAUCUAAUUUUCUCAUGAACAAAGUUAUGCCAGUUUCUUGGAAGAACUGUUCAUAGGAAAGUUGUGUUUUUAAUUUGACAAUAGCAAAAUAUGCUUUUGCAGCACGGUCAAUCGGAAUACAACGCGAUGGGGCGUCUCGGGGGCGAUUCGCCGCUGACCGAAUCGGGCCGUCAAUACGCCCACGCACUGGAGGCAUUCUUCGAGGAAGAGGAAGUGCCCGGCCUCCGAGUGUGGUGCUCGCAAAAAGUACGGGCCGCGCAGACCGCUCAGCACCUCAAACCAGACUUCCACACGGAAUACUGGAAGGCGCUGGACGAGCUCGACGCGGGAAUCUGCGAGGGUCUCACCUACGAAGACAUCCAGCAGAGGUAUCCGAAACAGGCGGACGAUCGAGCCGCCGACAAGUACCACUAUCGGUACCCGAGUGGCGAGUCCUACGAGGACGUCGUCAGCCGAUUGGAACCCGUUAUUAUGGAGUUGGAGAGACAGGUACGUAUCGGGGAAAUGCAGGAAACAUAAUAGAUGUGGACUUUUUCGUCACGUACGUCUGAAUAUAAAGUUUGAAAUUAACUGAAUUCUGCACCAUUUUUAAAAACAUUUUCUAAGCAUUCCUUAGAAAUUAUUAGAAAAUCCCUGACACUUGGCUGAAAAUCCGUAAAAAGCCCGUAUUUUGCAGGCGAACGUGCUGGUGGUGUCCCAUCAGGCGGUGCUCCGAUGCAUCCUGGCCUACUUCUACGACCGUCCGCUCUCCGAACUUCCGUACAUCGACAUCCCGCUUCAUUCUCUCGUCAAACUCACUCCACGCGCCUACCACUGCGAUUCGACCAUCUACGCGCUCAAUUUGGAGACGGGCGAGUGGACGGAAACGAGUGCCCAACUGCCGCUCUGUGACAGCCCCCGGGAUUGA